AUGGUCGACUCAAAGUCUACGAAACCUCAUUAUGAAAUUAGUGAUACAAAAAAUGUUAAUUUACUAAGUGAACGUGAAUCAGCAACAUUUAAUGUUGAAGAAUUGACACAAUUUAUGUUCGGAGGACCUGAUAAUUAUUAUGAACUUAAUACACGACGCAAACUUAUUCGUUUGGCUCUUGCACAUCCAAUUCAUCAAACACAUUUACCAAUAGAAUAUCUCGAUGCUGAUGAACAUUAUUCCGUGACUACACGUAAAAGUCUUUUGGCUAUUGAAGAAGCAAAUCGUUUAAAUAUAACCAAUGAUAAACAUCGUCAAUGGUUUUAUUCUAUAUUUGCUAAUAAUCAUUUUGCAUUGUAUAUUCAUACAUCAAUGUGUUUAUAUGCACUUGAAACAAUGGCAAACGAAGAACAAAAACGAGAAUUUGUACCAUUAGCACGAUCUUGUUAUAUUACUACUGCUUAUACUCAAACAGAAUUAGGUCAUGGAACAAAUUUACAACGAUUAGAAACUGAAGCUGUUUUUGAUCGUACAACUGAUUCAUUUAUACUUAAUACACCAACAUUAACGGCAACGAAAUUUUGGCCAGGUGCAUUAGCUAGAACAGCUAAUCAUGCUCUUCUUAUGGCACAAUUAUAUACACCUGAUCGAAAUCAUUCAUGUGGUAUACAAAUGUUUUUAGUACAAAUUAGAGAUUUUAAUACACAUGAACCAUUACCAGGAGUUGAAUUAGGUGAGAUUAGUAGUCGAUAUGCACAUGCUGCUGGUGAUAAUGGUUAUCUUCGAUUAACUAAUGUGCGUAUUGCACGUAAACAAAUGCUUAUGAAAAU